AUGAAAAUAGCGAAUUUUAAGUCACUGAAAAGCUUAUUCACUAAGAUAAUCACUAAUAGAACAAUUAUUUUAUACUCUAGCUUAUUUGAUACAUCAUUGCAGUGUUACUAAAAUGAGAAUGAAGAUUAUAAUAUAAUCUUACUUUAAGGAAUCUAAACUUAGAUUGUUAUAUUAUAUCUAGAUUAGAUUUUCACUAACAUGACUUUUUAGAUACUGAAAUAAAAUAUGAAAGGGAAUUCUAAAUAAUCAAAUUCAUUGAUUCCAUUUUAGGGAUUAAUUUACUACCCUUUUGGAAUCUAUUUAGGCCUUAUUCAACCAACUUACCUCUAGGCUUAUUAUUAAAUGUUAAAUUAGAAAGAGUAAGAAGAUGUAAAAUAAGAGGUUAAAGAAGAGUAUGAUUCAGAAUCUAUUAAAAAAGAAUAUGAAUCUAAAUCUAUUGAUAAAGAUUGUAAGAAAAACAUUGUAAAGUUCAGUCUUUACAUCUGGCCUGGUGAAACAAAGAAUUAUUAUAAGAAUAUAGGGAAAAAAUUAUCAUCAUUCAUUAUUAAUAGUUUUGACUAACCUUAGGUUAAAGAGGACCCAUUUAUUAUCUAGUUUAUAAAUAUGGAAAGUCAAAACUACAAUAGAAUUCACUUUCAAAGACUUUUUCACUCUAAAAUUGCUAGGAGAAUUGCAGCAAAUUUUUUCGGCAAUUUCUAAUGGUGUUCCCAAUUUAUUUCGUAAAAUAAGACUGAUAUUGACUUUUACCUUAGACAUAAUAAAUAAAUGUAUAGAAGAAAAAAAAGAUAAUAAUAGAGUCAAUUUAAAAAAUGA